UCGCUUCAGUCCACCAUAGUCAUUACCGAUCAGAGAUUAUCCCGCCGGAGACGAAGAAAACAGGGAAUCUGAAGGUAAUUUCGAAGUGCGAAGUUUCUAGAAGGAGAAUAACGAUGUUCGGAGUGGUAUUCCCUAACCGGAGCUUCCCGAUCGACAUCUCCACCUUCGCUCGAAUCGACGCCACACAUUGGCUCCUCGAUAUGAACACCUUCGUCGGGGAAGCGUACGACUCGAUCCGGGAGGUAUGCAUCUUCCUUCUGGACAACAUCACGCUCCUGCCGGACAAGGCUCUCGCCGUUUACAUCCAAUCGCCGGGAUCGCCGUUCCUGUUCUGCGGCGCGGUGACGAUUGCACGCCCCUCCGCCGUGCUGUCGCUGCCGUGGCCGGAGCCAGGCGGGGAGCUCCAGCUUACGGCGGAUGCGACGCCGCUCUCGGCGAAGAUCGGAGUCUCCGUCGAGGACCUCGCGACGCUGCCGUCGCUCGACGUCGCAGCGGAGAGGAAGAUCGAGAGGAUGUCGAUGAAGGUGGGCGAGAAUUUGUUCAAUUUCAUGCAGUCGUUCUGCGGCGUCGACGGGAGCCGGCUGGUGGUGCCGAUGGAUAUUUUAGACCGGUGGUUCAAGAAGUUUCAAGAACGGGCCAAACGUGACCCGGAGUAUCUUAAAGGUUUUGCUCUUUAGUGUGGUUAUUAAUUUUAAUUGUUUUUAUUAGCAAAGUUAAUUAAUUUAGGGUAUAACUUUUGUGCCUAAUUUGUGUUCUGUUGUAGCAAAAUUCUGCUGAUGCUUUGUUUGAGGAUCGUGUCAAUGAAAUUAUUGCAAUUUG